AUGCUGCCGUUAGGUCUUCUCAAUGCAGCCCAGGGUCACCCUAUGCUCGUCGAGCUAAAGAAUGGAGAGACACUCAACGGUCACUUGAUCAGUUGCGAUACGUGGAUGAACCUUACGCUCAAGGAAGUGGUCCAAACAAGCCCAGAGGGCGAUAAAUUUUUCAGACUACCAGAGGUCUAUGUGAGGGGGAAUAAUAUCAAAUACUUGCGAGUACCGGACGAGAUCAUCGAUCUGGUCAAAGACCAACAGCAAAACCAGCCAUCGAGUCGCGCCAGAGGUGGCGGUGCCCUGAGAGGUGAUCAUGGGGGAAGAGGAGACAGAGGAAGGGGUGGGGUAAGAGGAGCUCGUGGAAGAGGCAGAGGCAGAGGUUGA